AAGCCUGGCGCUAGGGGCUUGCACACACAAGCGCCUCCUCCAGCCUAAGGUGGCGCGGCGGUGGCAGCCGAGGCGCCCGCAGAUAACCCCGGCACAUCCGGCCUGGGGAUCUUCCCCGGGGACUCGCACUGCCAGUGGCGCGCUCCUACUCCGAGCCGUGGGCCCCUCCCUGUCUCGCGCCUUGACAAGCCAGCAGCCUGCAAGGGGCGGCACCGCUCCGAGGUCCCGAGGACGUCACGGACGGGCGGUCGAGCCUCCAGCCCGCCCCCCGGCUCGCCUUCCCUUCCCUCCAGAGCCGGUGACGCCUCCGCGGCCCCGGCAACCGGCGCUCGCACACACUCCCGCGCGCUCCGCUUCUCCACCUCCUCCCGCGCCCGGGUCCGAAGAUGGCGGCUCUCAAACUCCUGUCCUCCGGCCUCCGGCUCUGCACCUCCGGCCGCAGCUCGCGGGGAGCCUGGCACAAGGGGUGUGUCCGCUACUUUUCUGUCAGUACCCGUCGCCACACCAAAUUUUACACAGAUCCGGUGGAAGCUGUCAAAGAUAUCCCUAAUGGUGCAACCUUGCUGGUUGGCGGUUUUGGGCUGUGUGGAAUCCCAGAAAAUCUUAUAGGCGCUUUAUUGAAGACGGGAGUGAAGGAUCUAACUGCAGUCAGCAACAAUGCGGGGGUUGACAACUUUGGCCUGGGCCUUUUACUUCGAUCCAAGCAGAUAAAACGCAUGAUCUCGUCAUACGUGGGAGAAAAUGCAGAAUUUGAGCGACAGUACUUAUCGGGAGAAUUAGAAGUGGAGCUGACCCCUCAGGGUACACUUGCAGAGAGGAUCCGUGCCGGCGGAGCCGGAGUCCCUGCCUUCUACACCAGCACAGGAUAUGGGACCCUGGUACAAGAAGGAGGAUCACCCAUAAAAUACAACAAAGAUGGCAGUGUUGCCAUUGCCAGCAAGCCACGAGAGGUGAGGGAGUUUAAUGGGCAGCACUUCAUUCUGGAGGAAGCAAUCACGGGAGACUUUGCUUUGGUGAAGGCCUGGAAAGCGGACCGGGCAGGAAACGUGAUUUUCAGGAAGAGCGCAAGGAACUUCAAUUUGCCCAUGUGCAAAGCUGCCGGAACCACAGUGGUAGAGGUUGAAGAAAUUGUAGACAUUGGAUCAUUCGCCCCAGAGGAUAUCCACAUUCCGAAGAUUUACGUGCACCGCCUUAUAAAGGGAGAAAAAUAUGAGAAAAGAAUUGAGCGUUUAUCACUCCGAAAGGAAGGCGAUGGAAAAGGCAAAUCUGGUAAACCUGGAGAAGAUGUCAGGGAGCGGAUCAUCAAGAGAGCGGCUCUUGAGUUUGAAGACGGCAUGUAUGCUAAUUUGGGUAUAGGGAUACCUCUUCUGGCCAGCAACUUCAUCAGUCCAAAUAUGACUGUUCACCUUCAGAGUGAAAAUGGAGUCUUGGGUUUGGGUCCAUACCCACUACAACACGAAGCUGAUGCUGACCUCAUCAAUGCAGGAAAGGAAACGGUUACUGUUCUUCCAGGAGCCUCUUUCUUCUCCAGCGAUGAGUCAUUCGCGAUGAUUAGAGGGGGACAUGUCAAUCUCACAAUGUUAGGAGCCAUGCAGGUUUCUAAAUACGGUGACCUGGCCAACUGGAUGAUACCUGGGAAAAUGGUGAAAGGAAUGGGAGGAGCCAUGGAUUUAGUGUCCAGUUCCAAAACCAAGGUGGUGGUCACCAUGGAGCAUUCUGCAAAGGGAAAUGCACAUAAGAUCAUGGAGAAGUGUACGUUACCGCUGACGGGCAAGCAAUGUGUCAACCGCAUCAUCACAGAAAAGGCUGUGUUUGACGUGGACAAGAAGAACGGGCUGACACUGAUUGAACUCUGGGAAGGCCUGACUGUCGACGACAUAAAGAAGAGCACCGGCUGUGACUUCGCGGUGUCACCAAAACUCAUGCCAAUGCAGCAGAUCUCAACUUGAAAUGUGGAGAGGACGUUUGUCCCAGGAUGCUAAGAUUUCCUUUUGAACACAUAGGAUUUAAUUAAAAGGAUGUCAGUAAUCAAAAUUAUAUAUUUAACCAGAAGUUUCAACUAGUUUUCUUCUAGUAUUUCUGGGUGCGUGCAGCUGUAGACUGUUCCCUUGAGUGUGUUCUAAUGUUUCCACAAAAAACAAUAGGGAAACAUUUCACUGUGGUUUUCUUUCAUAUUACUAAGAAGGUUGUUUUUGCCAUUGGUGCUCACAUUGAAAGGAUGUUCAUCUUUCAUGCUGUAUAUACUAAACCGUGACGUAACAGUCCUGAGAGAAAGUUUUCAUGUGAAUUUGUGGCUUAGGCAGAAUACUUUUUGGAUGACUAUAUAUCUUUUGCUUUCCUCUUGUAUUGAAAGAAAGCUCUGAUUUGGUGAUUUUGCUUGGCUCUUUAAAAAUAUCCUCCUUCCCUGCACACUUCCUAUAGCCAGAUAGACACCCAAGAAGGCCAAGAGGAAUGUCUCUGGGGAAAGUAAGCAGAGAAAAGAACAAGGCAUAGAUCUACCAGGGCUGGCAUCCCACCAGAUGUUGCCUUUAAACAACCAACCAUCUACCUAUGUGCACUAACAGCUGAGGCUAACUACAGGAAGAGGACUAGAAACCUCCUGACAUACUUGCCUAGUUCUCCUAUUUUUAGAUACUGUGCUAUACUUUGUAUUCAGAAGACUUUAUUUCUGUUAUUGAGGCUCAGUGUUUACUCAUACAACAUCUUCUAAGCCAAAAAAAAAAACAAAAAACUGUGGGCAAUUUAU